AUGCUAUCACCGCCCAAAGCAUGGCACCCCCGGACCUCUCAUGAAUCCGAAGUGGAGGGUCAGAAGUUUCGGGCCGCGAGCAGCCUAAUCCCCGUAUUCGCGGAAGCUCGGUUGUGGAACUCUCGCAAUCCAACUAUCGACGAUUUGGUUCUUACUAACGAAGAGUUGGAGAAGGUGCUCUCGGAUCAGGAAUCGCCGCUGGAGAAUGGCACCAACGAAACGCUGGGGAAACCACCCAAAUUCAUUCUAAUCUCGGUGUUUGGAGAGCCAGAGUCUGGAAAGGAAACGGGCCAUGAGCUUUUGGCACGAACGAAGUGCCUCAGCAAAAUACUUCACCUUGCAGGACUUCGCGAUCAGCGACAUGUUUCAAGGUUCAUCAAUAACAAAAUUCCUUGCACAUAUAGCCAUGUAGAAUACGAGGGCGAUGGAGAAACGCCCGUUUGCUUAACCAUUCUCUUCUUAUGCCCCAAGCGCAGCAACAAUAUAUUAGGCGCCGUCCGAGUCGACAUUGAAUCAAGAAAUUGUUUUGCCUUCGUCAGCUCCAGAUUUGAGGUAGAUAACCAAGAUAUCAUAUCUCGCUGUCGCCGAAACGUUGAUCUGUUACGAAUAAAUCCUUUGUACCUGCUCGUAUUCAUUUAUGAGAACCGAAUCCAAAGAUGGACUGAUUGGUUUGAGGAGUCAUGGCAGAGUAUUGUGGAAGCGGAGACGGCAACUAACAUGAUCCUUCCCCAAUGGAGGUUGAGCAAAAAACAACUAAACACGAUUUCAGAUUCUGACAGGCUACUCACUCAAUUACACAAAACCCACAUAGAGCUCUCAAACAGCCACGGUGUGAUCUCGUAUGGGCAUGCGUUUGGUGAUGCCUGCAAUAAAGCUGCUAUCCAAAUCGAGGAGUAUCGGAAAAGCCUUGGUUACACGCCCCUGCCAACUCGAGACUUGCGAAGUUUAGAAGAGGACCUGAAUAUGAUGCACUCUCAAUCUGGAUCAAUAAAGAGCAGAUUGGCAGCCUUAAGCAGCCGGUUAUCGGGCAUGAUCAACGUGUCUUUCAAUCUCAUUGCCAAAAGAGACAGCAAAGUCAACGUCGCAAUCGCAAAACUGCAGGCCAGGGAAAGUCGAACAGUAAAGGGAAUUUCGAUCCUAACCUUUUCAUUGCUUCCGGCAACCUUUCUCGCGGUACGCUAG